UUUAAAGGCAGCGUGACAUUAUUUGGAGGUCAGUUGAUGUCCUGUGCGGAUCAUGAUGGAUCGAGCAGCUCUCCGGCUGAUUCUGUUGGGUGUUUUUCUCAUCUCAGCCACUUCUGAUCCAGUUAAGAAGAAAAAAAAAGUGGAUAUAUACAGCUUCUUCAUUAACUCCACGGUCACCAGUCGCUAUGCCACAACAGUCAUCACAAGCCGUGUUGCAAACACACUGAAUGAAUCUCAAGAAAUCCAGUUUGAGGUCAAGAUUCCCAAGAACGCCUUCAUCAGCAAAUUCAGAAUGGUUAUUGAGGGAACAACAUAUGAUGGGGUUGUGAAGGGAAAAGAAGAAGCUCAGCAGCAAUACAAUCAAGCGGUAUCUCGAGGACAAAGUGCUGGACUGGUCAAAUCUGUUGGAAGGACUUUAGAGGACUUUAAAACUUCAGUGACGGUGGCUGCUUUAAGUAAAGUGACCUUUGAGUUGACCUACGAGGAACUGUUAAAGCGCCGCCUCGGUAAAUAUGAGCUACUCAUCAACGCACAACCGAUGCAGCCGGUGGCUGACUUCAAGAUGGAUGUGCACAUCCAAGAGAAACCAGGAAUUUCCUUCUUGGAGGUGAAAGGAGAUUUGAGCACCGGUGAUCUGACCAAUGCCAUCAAAACCACCAGAGCAGACAAAGACGCAUGGGUGACCUUCUACCCCACACGAGAUCAACAGACCAAGUGUAAAAGCUGUGGAGAAAAUGGGUUGAAUGGAGACCUGCUUAUAACAUACGAUGUUGAGAGACGAAGUCCCAAAGGACAAGUCGUGUUAUCAAAUGGCUAUUUCGUCCACUACUUUGCUCCCUCUGAUGUUCCACGUAUUCCCAAAAUUGUGGUGUUUGUCAUUGACCGCAGUGGCUCUAUGUCUGGCAGAAAAAUGGACCAGACUCGUGUGGCACUGCUGAGGAUUUUGACAGAUCUUGAUGAGGACGAUCACUUUGGAUUGAUCACAUUUGACAGUGAGGUUAGCUUAUGGAAGCGUAAACUCCGCAAAGCUACUGAGACAAACCUGGAGAAUGCGAAAUCUUUUGUGAAGGAGAUCAGAGAUAGAGGAGCCACAGACAUAAACGCUGCAGUUCUAGCAGGAGUGGACAUGAUCAGUCGACAUCCACGAGAGGGAACAGCCUCCAUCCUGAUCCUGCUGACUGAUGGAGACCCCACUUCAGGUGAAACCAACAUAGAGAAGAUAAUGGCCAAUGUUAAAGAAGCCAUUGGGACAAAGUUUCCGCUCUAUUGUCUUGGUUUUGGAUAUGAUGUCAAUUUUGACUUCCUGACAAAGAUGUCACUGGAAAAUGGUGGAGUUGCUCGCAGGAUUUAUGAAGAUUCGGACGCUGAUCUACAGCUGCAGGGCUUCUAUGAUGAAGUUGCGGUCCCUCUCCUCACUGAUAUUCAACUUAAAUACCCAGGAGGGACAAAACUUACCAAGACCAGCUUUAGCUUGUACUUCAAUGGCUCUGAGAUUGUGGUGUCAGGACAAAUCACAGACAACAGUGUGGAGAGUUUCACCACUGAAGUCAUCGCAGUAUCAAAAGGCAGUAAUGUGACAUAUCAGGACACUAUAAUGACAAAAGACCCCAGUGAUGUCCCUCCUGAGGAUGAAGAUUUCAUGCAGAGAUUGUGGGCCUACCUUACAGUGAAGCAGCUUCUGGAGAGACAGGUGCUUCUUAAAGGACAAGAGAAAGAGGAUGAACAGAAAGAAGCUCUAAAACUCUCCCUAAAAUACCAGUUUGUCACUCCCCUCACCUCGAUGGUUGUUACCAAGCCACAGGAAGAGGAAAUAGAAGUUGCUGAGAAACCCGAAGAGGUAGGAAGGGAACAGACUGACCAUGAUGACAUCUUAAUGUCAAUGCCCAUCACAGAUAUGUCAUCCUAUUAUUAUGAUUCAUAUAUGGAUGUACCAGAUACAUACGUCUCCCAAACUGAAACAAUGUUCACAACUACAAUGUUUACAACUACUUUGUAUACAACUACUUCCCCUGCUGUGCAAGAAGUCAAUCGUUUCCUGCUGGAUGUUGUUGGUCAGUCUAAGCCACUUUGUUUUGAUAUUCCUGUUCCUCACAAACUCAGACUCCUCCAGGAUUCAGCUUCAGAAUUCUCUAUGAAUGGAGAGUCUUUGAGUGAACAGAAUGGAUUCCAUCAAAUUGCUUUUCAUUACAAAACUAACCAUCACUUGAUGAUAAAUACAAAGUCUAUCAGUUAUCGUAAUGGCCAGGACAAUGUUGAGUUUUUGUGGGGCCAGGAACCAACCCAGUACAAUGCAGAAAGUGUGUCUCUGGUUGUUCGGGAACAUGUAAUGAAUGUUACCUUUGGAAAUAUCAGUGUUGUUAUUCUUUCUCAUAAGAAAGAUGGGGUCAUGUUUUUGUGGCCUGUCAUUUGGGAAUAUUCAAAAGAUGCCAAGCUGACAGGUGUUUUAGGAAAGGCUGAUAUUUCAUAUAAAGAGACUCAAGGAUCACAAACACCAAUUCUAAAGAUAAAGGACAAGGAGGUGAAGACAUCUUUGGAGACUGUCAGUGAUUACAGAUUGCAUUCAACUCCUGUUCGAGAAUGCUGGCUUGUCCCGUUCCAGGCUGUGAUGGAAGCAGAGAUUUCUGAUUUCACUGUCACUCAGCUGUAAAAUGGACAGUGUUUCCUAUUAUUUUAAUGGUUCGUAUUAAGUAAAUGCUUCGAUGGUUCAAUCCCAUCUGGCCCAGGAAUUGUGUAAACAAAAGUAAAAUAAAUAAUAAAAAAAAGGCUUUGAAUUCCAAA